UGGGAUGCCAUCACAGAGAUGGAUGAACAGAACAGACCUAUUCACACCUUUCAGGUUUGCCAUGUGAUGGAGCCAAACCAGAACAACUGGCUGCGGUCUGGAUGGAUCCAGCGACAAGCUGCUCAACGGGUAUACGUGGAGCUACGUUUCACCCUGAGGGACUGUAACUCCAUUCCCUGGGUCUCUGGCACGUGUAAGGAAACCUUCAACCUCUUUUAUCUGCAGACAGAUGAACCGCUUCCUGGAAGAACGCGCUUUCGCUCCACUGACUACGCCAAGGUGGACACUAUUGCAGCAGAUGAAAGUUUCACACAAACAGACCUUGGAGAUCGUGUUCUUCGUCUCAACACAGAAGUCAGGGAGGUGGGACCCGUCACAAAGAAGGGCUUCUACUUAGCAUUUCAAGACGUGGGCGCUUGUAUUGCCCUUGUGUCUGUCAAGGUGUUCUACAAACGUUGCCCAUCGACUUUAAGGAAUCUGGCAGAAUUCCCUGAAACAGUGCCACACAUGGACUCAUCGUCUCUGGUGGAAGUGAGGGGGGCAUGUGUGGAGAACGCAGAGGAAAGGGACACACCCAAACUUUACUGCGGUGCCGAUGGAGACUGGCUGGUUCCAUUGGGACGUUGCAUCUGUAGAAUCGGCCAUGAGGAGAUGGAUGACCACUGCCGAGCUUGUAAACCUGGCUACUUCAAGGCGUUUGCUGGGAACACUAAAUGCUCCAAAUGUCCUCAGCACAGCUCCAGCCAUGACCAGGCAGCCACAAUCUGUCACUGCAAUAAAGGCUUCUACAGAGGUGUCAAAGACCCUUCCUCGAUGGCCUGCACAAGGCCGCCGUCAGCUCCAAGAAAUCUCGUCUCACUGAUCAACGACACUGCUCUUUUCUUGCAAUGGAUGCCUCCCAUCAACACGGGAGGAAGAAGCGACAUCACCUACAACGUUCUGUGCCAACGAUGUGAUGGAGGUGACGGUAUCGUGACCCAAUGUGAGCCAUGUGAACCAGAUCUGAGAUUUAUCCCACGACCGCUCGGUAUAACUGGCACCUCUGUGGCAAUACUGGAUUAUGCGAUUUAUGCCAAUUAUACCUUCCAUGUGGAGGCUGUGAAUGGUGUCUCCGGACUGGGUGUGGCGCCAAGAUCACUGGCAAACGUUACCGUCAACACGCACCAAGCUGGUCCUGCCUUCCUGGGAAUAGUGAGGAAAGACUGGACCACCCACAACAGCAUCGCCCUCUCCUGGUCAGAAGUGGAACAGCCAACUUCAGACAUUGUGGACUAUGAAAUCAAAUACCAUGAGAAGGAGCAGGAGCAGCUGAUCUACUCAUCAACACAGACCAAAUCCACCAGCGUGGUUGUCACAGGCCUGAGGCCCUCAACUGUUUACGUCUUUCAUGUGCGGGCUCGCACUUCAGCCGGCUACACAGCUUUCAGCCCCAACUUUGAGUUUGCAACCGCAGCUGAGGAUCCAGACAUCGCUGAUCAGGGUCAGGUUCUGGUGGUUGUCACGGCAUCUGUCGGCGGCUUCUCCCUUUUGGUCAUCCUCACCCUCUUCCUCCUCAUCACAGGACGGUGUCAGGGGUACAUUAAAGCGAGGAUAAAGUCAGAGGACAAGAGAACUCGCUUCCACAGUGGACAUGUCCCAUUUUCUGGAAUAAAGACCUACGUGGAUCCAGACACAUAUGAAGACCCCACUCAGGCUGUGGAAGAAUUUGCCAAAGAGAUAGACCCCUCAUACAUAUGCAUUGACAGAGUGAUUGGUGCUGGUGAGUUUGGAGAGGUCUGCAGUGGGCACCUGCGCAUACCUGGCAGGAAGGACAUCGCCGUGGCAAUAAAGACCCUGAAAGGUGGCUAUAUGGAAGAGCAGAGACGUGAGUUUCUGCGCGAGGCCUCCAUCAUCGGACAGUUCAACAACUCGAACAUCAUCCGGCUGGAGGGAGUCGUCACCAAGAGUAGACCUGUUAUGAUAGUAGUGGAGUACAUGGAAAACGGAGCACUUGACGCUUUCCUGCGGACCCGUGAAGGUCAGUUCACUGUGCUGCAGCUGGUGGGCAUGCUGCGAGGCAUCGCGGUCGGCAUGAUGUACCUUUCGGACAUGGGUUACGUUCACAGGGACCUGGCUGCUCGCAACAUCUUGGUGGAUGAAAACCUGGUGUGUAAGGUGUCGGAUUUUGGCAUGUCCAGGAUCCUUGAAGAUGACUCUGAAUCGGCUUACACGGCUUCAGGAGGAAAGAUACCAAUACGCUGGACGGCUCCAGAGGCUAUCGCUUAUGGAAAGUUUUCCUCAGCUAGCGACGUAUGGAGCUACGCUAUUGUCAUGUGGGAAGUGAUGUCAUAUGGCGAAAGGCCCUACUGGGAAAUGUCAAACCAAGAUGUCAUUUUAUCAAUUGAAGAAGGCUAUCGUCUACCAGCACCGAUCGGCUGCCCAAUGACCCUACACCAGCUGAUGCUCCACUGCUGGCAGAAGGAGUCCAGCCAACGGCCAAGCUUUAACGACAUGCUUUCUUUCCUCGACAAACUCAUAAUUAAUCCCAGCAGUAUGCUGACUCUGGUCAAUGACGCUCUAAGCUUUUCAGACUCCCCCGAGGAGAUGCCGGACUACCCUCUUUUCAUCUCUAUCGGCGACUGGCUAGACUCCAUCAAAAUGAGCCAAUAUAAGAGCAACUUCCUUGCAGCAGGAUACACUACACUGGAUUCUAUUGCAACUAUGAGUAUAGAGGACAUCAAACGCAUUGGAGUCUGUUUGAUUGGCCACCAGCGGAGAAUCAUAAGCAGCAUACAGUCGCUUCGACUGCAACUUCACCACAUCCACCAGAGUGGAUUUCAAGUUUGAGACCAUUUUACAAAGCCAGACUGUGUUUUUAC